AUGCUGCGUUCCUUGCUUUCCUUCGGCCGCACAGGGACCAAUGACUACCUCUUCCCCAAAGUGGACCCCAAAGAGGAUGGCCCCGAAUGCUUAAAGGACUGCGCCGACUGCACAGUCAAGUUUCCGUCAAAAGUCAAAGUCGAAACGUCAAGACCCCUUUAUGGCCAGAUCAAAGAAUUUCACACCCACGUUCUCGUGGCAACGGGCCAAUCCGACUGGAAGGAAAAACAUGUCGAAAAGAUAACAGGAAGUUUGAUGCAAGCAUUCGAUGAAGCAAGAUCAGACCAUGGCGUCAUCAAAGUCUCGGCAUCAAAUCUUACUCCUCCAGAACAACCACCCACAGACGAAAGUUCCAACCAACCUACCACAAUUCAUCGACCACCCCACCAACCAGCAAAAUGGAAACGAGACCACCUCUCCCGCGAGCGGGAUGAGCGCUCGGCCUGCGAACUUGACUACGUGAUACUACUGUGCUCGCACGGACGCCGAGAUGCGCGCUGUGGUAUUACAGCGCCACUGAUUAAGCGCGAGCUGGAGCGACAUCUUCGUCCGCUGGGACUGAACCGGGAUGCGGAUGACUCCCGGCCUGGCGGGGUGGGUAUAUUCUUCGUGUCGCAUGUCGGCGGGCACAAGUUCUCUGCGAAUGUUUUGAUUUAUCGCAAGAAGGAUCAGCAGAUGAUUUGGCUUGCGCGUGUCCGGCCCGAGCAUUGUGAGGGCAUUGUUAAGUAUACUGUUCUGCAGGGAAAGGUUGUGCAUCCUGAGUCACAGUUGAGGGGUGGGUUUGAUCGGGUGAAAGGGUUGACGAGUUGGUAA